AAAAUGUAUAUCGUCAGUAUUUAAAGAGAUUAAUGAUAAGGCACUUUUGCAGAAACUUCCGCGCGUUUGUGUUUAUCAUAUGUAGGAAGUGCUGUGUUUAAUAGUAAUGUGUGUAAAGCACACGUUAUUCUAGAGUUGACAGUUUAAUUAAUUAAAUUAAAUAAAAACGUUAACUUUCUUCAGUGCACAUGCUAGCUACUGAUCGUUUAACGUAUGCUAAAGUAAUUUAUUUCCCGUUCAAAUAUACGUUUCACGAUGAUCUGGAAAAAAUUCAUUUAAUAUUGAUUCAACGUGUCGUCACGCUCGUAUUUUAAGGUUAAAAGAAUAAUCAACUUGGAGGUACCAUGUUGGAAAAUACCACUGCCAUUCAACGUAUGAAGGAUUCAAAUCCUGUUAAUGGUGCUCAACAAAAUAUAGGAGAAAAGAAAUCGUUUACGCCACUUCCAGAAAAUCGAUAUAAUUCAAAUAACGAAUUUCACAUAGACUCUGAACAUUUAACGCUAUGGCAGCAUCCAAUUACCACGUUAAAUUAUUUUUUUCGAGAACUGUUCCUUACCAUACUCAGCCUGGGGAAAAAAACGUUGCAUUACAGAAGAACAGUGUGGAGCGUAGUGUCAAUAAUUCUAUUGUUUCUUACGUUGAGUAGGAUUGUUGGUCCGCACCAAGAGAUUUUAAAAGCAUGGGAAACAAAAGUAAUGUGGUGGUUGUAUUGGGUAGGUCUGGGCGUACUUUCCAGUGUAGGUCUUGGUACAGGCUUACACACUUUCGUACUUUAUUUAGGGCCACAUAUAGCGGCCGUUACUAUGGCUGCGUAUGAAUGCGGUGCUCUUAACUUUCCUGAACCGCCGUAUCCCGAUCAAAUAAUAUGUCCAAAAACGAUCGAUCCGAUAUGGACAGCAGGUGUAUUAAAUAUUAUGAGGAAAGUGCGUAUAGAGGCGAUGCUUUGGGGUGCUGGCACUGCUCUCGGCGAACUACCGCCAUAUUUUAUGGCUAGAGCUGCUCGGACUAGCCGGCAGAAUAACAGAAACGAAAAGUUCGAUCAGGAAGAUCUGAAAGAGUUAGAAGCGUUAGAAGCUCUAGAAAAUGGUGAAAAUGUAUCAUUUCUGAUACGUAUAAAAAUAACUAUGAAACAUUUUGUACAAAAAGCAGGUUUCUGGGGGAUACUUGCCUGUGCUUCGAUACCCAAUCCGUUAUUUGACCUCGCCGGUUUGACGUGCGGUCAUUACCUUAUUCCUUUUUGGACGUUCUUUGGUGCAACGCUGAUAGGAAAAGCUGUUGUAAAAAUGCACAUUCAACAGCUUGCAGUUAUCAUAGCUUUUAACGAGGAACUUUUAGACAAAUUUAUGAAAUUAUUGGCAAUUGUACCAUACGUUGGUUCGAAGUUUCAAGAACCGUUGAAAAAGUAUCUUAUCGAACAGAAACAAAAAUUACACGACAAGACAUCCACGGAUGGAGCAACAACAAUUUCAUGGUUAUUUGAUAAGUUUGUAAUAUUGAUGGUGUGUUACUUUUUAGUAACAAUUAUUCAUGCAUUGGCAAGAAACUAUCAUCGCAAACGUACUAAAAUGUCUACCGAUUAAAACAUAAUGAAUAUAGGCUAUACAAUGUAAACGUAAAAUUAAUUAUUAAAAUUACGAAUAAAAUUGCUGUUAUAGCACGAUAUAAUUACGAUAUUACAAAUAAUAACAAUUCGGAAUUUUUGAAUGCACAAUACCAUUUCUGCAAUAUAAAUAAACAUUGAAGA